GACCACGCUUAGCCGUAAUGGGCGAGCUGAUGAUGGACGCGCCUCAGGUACAACUUCAGAAAAACAAUCCAAGAACAGCGCAUGGAGCUGUAUCGACUAAGAGCUCCGACGUUCUGGGUUUGAUUUGUGCUUGAGCAGUAUCGUCUGUUUCUUCGGACCUACUUGAAACUACUCGUAGUAUUCGUUUUUGUUAUCUCCUCCAGCCAUGGCCCCAAUGACCAGACGGGGACGCCAGACAGCUCCCAACGAGUUCUUGAACCCUCAAGCCAUCGUGCCGCAUGCCAGCCGCGAGGAGAGCUGGCAGCUUGAAGGGGACGAUUCCCGAUCCGAAAGAGAGCUCUCUGAAAACCCUUCUGGUUCCUUCCAAGACUAUGACGGCGAGUUUGAAUACGAUACUAUAAAAUACCAGCCGACACGAGACUUUGACAGCGGAGACAGCCAUGAAGAUAUCCUCCACCCUCUGCGUGAAGCCGCAAACAGGGUUGGCCGGGAGGUCGAGAAAUUCGCGGAAGUUCUGGACGGCUACAACCCCCUGAAGGCUGUCGACGAUGCCGACAGAAAGGAUAUGACAUUUGAUCUCAUCGAUUCAUACCACGGUAUUGCGAUUGAGGCUGUGAAGAGACUCCGUGCGCAGCAUAAGCGUCGACAGAUAGGCCAAACUGGGAGGAAAAAUAUACUUGGGUUCACGGCAGAUCAUGAUGAAGAUGCGAUGGAUGAAGAUGGAUCUGAUGACCAGGAACUAAUUGAAUCGAACCCGAAGAUUACGCCUGAGGACCUCAAGCGGUGGGAGCAGGAAGCUCGUACGUGGGAUCUGUUACGCCGAAUGACCAUAUUGCAAUAUGGCCCGCCGCAGACCCAAGACGCGCCUCCGAUCCACCGCUAUUCUUCGGAGCGUCACAUCUGGACUUCAUUUUUACAGAAUGAUACGCUUGGGUUGGAGCGACACACCGUGCUCGAGUGGCUCAAAAACACAGCUGAUGAGUCUGGUGAGGAUAUCGAUCUGUUAGUCCAAGAGCUUCAGCAGAAUGCCGAGAGAGGCGAUAUCACCGCACAUGGAUGGCUACACACGAAAUCCGCAAUCAAAAAUCAAAAGCGACUCCACGCGUGGCCGUACAUCCUUGAUCCUACCAACCCAGACGUCAGCCGCGUCCUCCGCAAUGCGUCUAAAACAGAGGCUCUCGUCACACAACUGGAUCCGGAUGCGCCCAUACGCCAGAACCUCAACCUGGAAGCACCAGAUCAGUACUUCGAGAGGGCUAUAUGGCGCGGCUGCUACGAGCUCCUCCGUCGUGGAAAGAGCGGCGAGGAUAUCAGAGAAUGGUGUCAAGACCGCCAAGAGAUCUGGCGCGCGGUGAGCAUGUCGGGCUUUCCAGAUGACGAUUCGCAAAACGAUACCGCAGACCAUGGCUCGAGGGCACUGUGGCGCCGCAUGUGCCACGCCUUGGCCAAGCGGGGAGGCUCCGAUAUAUAUGAGACUGCCGUGUAUGGUAUUCUCGCCGGCGACUUCUGGAGUGUUGCGCCAAUCUGCAAGUCCUGGGACGACCAGAUGUUCGUUCAUUACAACUCGCUGAUCCGAAGCCAGUACGAGGCGUUCGUUCUGAAGAACUUCCCAAGCCGUGCGCCCCAGGACCAGGUCCAAUCGAUUGAGGCGUUUGAUGCUAUCAGCUUCCACGGCGACCCAGUGACCGUGGGGCCGAGAACUGUGGAUUUGCUGAAUGCCAAACCUGAACUCAUAAAGGAGGCACAGCAGCCCUUGAAGAUGCUCCAGGGGGUUCUUAUCGCGAAUACAUUCCGCGAUUUCAUACGCGAACAGGGAAUUGCCAUCUCCAAAGCCGCAAAUGCCCAGGAUACGUCGAAAUUGAUCGACGAUCUCCAGACAGAUCCGAAGAAUGAGGACAAGGUUGUGUAUAUCAAGACGGAAGACUUUGACAGUCUCCGAGUCUUGGCACAUAUGGUCCUUGCCUUCAAGAGCCUGGGCAUGACCUUUGGCAACGAGAAGGAUACCUACGCCAUCGAAAGCGUGGUCGUAGCCUACAUCUCCUUCCUCCGCCUUGCCGGCAAAGAAGAGCUCAUCCCUCUCUACGCAGCCCAGCUCUCCGACGCCAGGACCUACUCGACCCUCUCACGCGAGCUCCUCGACGUCACCGACCCCGACCAGCGCAUCACCCAAAUCAAGCUAAUGAAAGAACUUGGCCUAGACGUCCAGCGCUUCGUGCGCCUCCAAGCCGCCUUCCUCCUCGUCGACUACCCCGACCAAACCCCCGGCUACCCCGCCGCGCGCACCUUCUCCAUCCUCGUCCCAGGCCAACACUCCAACCAAGGCCUCAGUCAAAAGCUCCGCCCUAACUUCAUCGGCAACGCCGUCGCCCGCCCCGAAGCCCUCCUCAUCCGCGCCUUCGAAUGGCACCUCCUCGUCGACGGGAUGUGGAGCGAAACCUUCCGGACCGGCACCGCGCUCUUCGUCCGCUUCUUCAAGCACGGCCACGUCGCCGCCGCGCGCGAGCUGGCGGGGUGCAUGCCCUCCCGCGACAUCGCCGCGGCCAAAACCCCCGUCCUCCUCGGCGAAACACUCGAGCUGUCCCAGCUCGCCGAUUGCGGCGAUGGCACGGACCUCGAGAGCCUCCUCCGCAAACACAUGGCUGACGAGGCGCGUGCGUACGUCGAGCUCGAGGGUCUGGUCAAUGCGCUUGACUUCAUCGAGGGCGUCGCGGGUAUCAUCGACUCUCUGCAAUUGUCGCAGGUGUAUGUCUCCACCCCAUCUUCUUUCCCCUACUUCCCCCGCCGCCCCAAGGCCGAGACUCCAGAGCAUCAGCGCCAGCAGUUGCGGCAGCGGCUAGAGCAGCAGAGCCAGAGCCCCCCUUAUGACCUUCACCUCCUGACACACCGCAGUAAACAAGAUGAGCGAUUGAGCAAGAAGCUGCGCCUCGAGUUUCAUAAUAAUUUUGCCAAUAUCCGGCACAGCGUCGCGCCGUUGCUGGAUAAUUGGCUUGUCAAGAGUCGUCAAGCAAACCCUUCCCUCAUCCCCCUCCACGCAACAUACCUCCCCCCCACCCUCCUCGCCUACGCCGCCCUCCUUAACAACGCAGGUCUCUACAUCUCGCGCGACCACUUCCUCGAGAGUAUGGAGCUCGCCAGCGUCAUCGCCACGAACACCGAGCUUACGAAUGUCUUUCUCGGCCCCGACGCUCCCUCAUCGCAGGGAGGAGCCGCUACGGAAGAGGAGAAGGAAGGAUUGGGCCGCAACGCGAUGGCAGAUCUGGUACAGGAUGUUGCGGGCGAUGCAGUGGCGUUGCUGUUUAGUACCGGCCCUGAUAAGAGUCGGAUGCGUGGUGGGAGGAGAGCGAGAGAGGGGGGGUGGAAGGGAGACGUUUGGGGGCUGGGGAAGUAA